CACACUACCACCCCGUACACCGCUGCCACAGCAUAUUCCCUCUCUCCCUCUCUCUCUCUCUCGCCCCCGCCCACACUUUUUAUUCAGUCCGCUGCUUCGUCUUCUUCCUUGCUUCCUCUGUUUGUCUUCUCCCCACCUUCCGUUGAACAAUUCAACAGAAAAUCCGCCAACUAUGUCCCCGAUGCUCUGCUCGCAAGGCGUCGUCGUCGCCACCGCCAUGGCCGUCUCCGGCACCGUCAUCCUCCUCGCCCUCCGCCUCCAGAAAUCCAUCCCUGCCGCCGCUCAAUUCUCCCUCAUCCACCACCACCAACACCGCCAGCCGCCGAUCGCUCACCGGUCGCAGUCUCUGCGAUCCUGCAUCUCCUCCGACGUGAAGAAGAGCGAGAAGAGCAAGAAGAAGAAGAGCAAGAAGGUCCGCUUCGCGGAGGACGUGGUGGAGCCGAGAGGGAACGGAGACGAGUUCAGAAAACACUGCGAAGCCAUUGCCGCCGCCAAGAUGAACGAACUAACCGCCUCCUCCGCAGCCUCAGCCGCCGCUUCGUCGUCCUCGUCGCAGAAGAGGUGCCGCGAGGGAGGCGACGGUUCUCCGCCGCGGUCGGCGAAGGAGAGGGGAAUGCCGGAGAACAGGCGGGCGCUCUACUCCGGGAUCCUGAGGGAUCGAGGGGUCAAUCGAUUGACUUACUCGUACUGAUUCCGCAUCUCCGAUUCCUUCUACUGUACAUAAUUCAAUCAAUCCCUUUCUUUUUUCUGCCCCCACAAUUUCGAGGCGAUUCCUCUGAUUCUUUUCGGUACCGGAGGAAGUGCGUGUGUGUGGGGGGCCCACAUCUCAACAGACGGUAACUUUGUGACUGUAAUUUUUUUUUCUUACCCCUUGGUAACUUUGUAGAGGAAGGGGCUAAAGAUGGUGAUUGACUGUAACUUUUUUUUUACCGAGUUUGUUGUUCAAGAGGAGAUCGGGAAAGUUAGAAGCUUGGGAACAGAUUGAUUAGUUUCGCACUGUAAAUUUUCUUCUUUGUUCAUAAGUGAUUUUUUUUUACCAUGGAAGUUUAUUAUGACAGUUCCAAGGAGUCUUCUCUUGCUUAUUCAUUGUCCUUUCUUUGUUUUCUUUUAUCCAGUCUGUUUAUCUUUUUUUCUUUUUAUUUCUUUCUUUUCCCUUGGAAAUAUUAAUUGCCUAAUUAUCUCCUC